AUGCCGUCCUCGUCAUCACGAGAUUCCCGGCGCAGCUCCCCGGCAGACUCGCAGUCUGUACGCGCAGGCUCUACUGCCCGACGGGACUCACAUGCCAGACGAGGCUCUCCUGCGCCUUCCCUCCCCAACGGCACGCCUGUCGUGCGCCAGAUCCCAACCCCUUCCCAGACGGUCCACUCGUCAUCGCAGCAAACGCCCCUUCCUGGACGCGCAGACCCGCAGUCGUCGCUGCCCGGCCCGUCCGAGUCAACGCUGUCCUCUGCACUGAAGGAGUCUCUCGGCAAGAGCCCUCCACGAUUCGGCACGCCCCCAUUGCAGCCACUCUCGCCUAACGAGGAUGCUGUUCCGCGGGGACCACCGAGCAUCUACGGCUCCUUCGACGGCCGCGGUCGCUCCCCCGUCCCUUACCAAGACCCCGAGAUUGUGCGCCGGCAUUUGGUCGGGCACUACGCCUCCCCCAGCAGGUCGAACCGCGGAGCCAUAGGUGAUGAUGAUGCCCAGUCGACGGCAGGCAGGAAGCCCGAGGAAGACGAAGAGCACUUUUCGAGCCUGCAGCUCCAAGGCGGCGACAUUACCCGCCAGAUCUACAGGUGGAGCGAGCAGCAGCAACAGGAGGAGCAAGGCUUGCAACGCAGCAAAAGCUCCCACGGGCCUCGCCGCAGGCCUGAGGAGGAGACGCUAGAUAUCGACUCGAUCCGGCAACCGGGCGGCUUCAGACGAAACUAUCUGCGCAGAGCUGCAGGCAGUCCCUCACCCGCACCAGGCCCGUCCGGCUACGGCACCGUCCGUCAAGCCCGUCCGCCACCCCAUGUCUUCACCAACAACUUCCUCGAGUUCUUAACCCUAUAUGGUCACUUUGCCGGUGAAUCGCUCGAGGAAGACGACGAGGUGCUGGGGCCAGACGAAUACUUCUCCUCGGACGCACUAGACUCUGGUGCCCAAACCGAAGACGAAGACCGCGAGUACGGCGAGUCGAGUGCACUGCUCACGCCGGGAAAGCGGAGGAGACGCAAGCCAAAGAAGACGGGCACAGGUACGCCUACAGGAGCAGCCUUACUCCUGCUCAAAUCCUUUGUAGGAACUGGUGUGCUAUUCUUGCCGCGAGCAUUCCUCAAUGGUGGUAUGCUUUUUUCAAACUUUGUGCUUCUCGCAGUAGCUGGCCUUUCCUAUGCUUGCUUUGUCCUGCUCGUCUCCACUCGCCUCGUGGUCGAACACUCGUUUGGUGACAUGGGCUUUCAUCUUUACGGCGACUGGAUGCGCAACCUGAUCAAUACUUCGCUCGUCAUCUCCCAGAUAGGCUUCUCCUCGGCCUACAUCGUCUUCGUUUCUGAGAACCUGCAAGCAUUCGUCCUCGCCGUAUCCAACUGCAAAACCUUUAUUGAUAUCAAGUACAUGAUCAUGAUGCAGAUGGUCAUCUUCCUGCCCCUGUCGCUCUACCGCAACAUCAACAACAUCCAGAAGCUCGCAUUGGUAGCAGAUCUCUUCAUCCUCAUGGGCCUUGUUUACCUGUAUUACUUUGAUCUCUUCACCAUCGUAGAUCAGGGCGGCAUCUCUGAUAUUGUCAACUUCAACGCAAAGGACUGGACCUUGUUUAUUGGCACUGCCAUCUUCACUUUUGAAGGUAUUGGCCUCAUCAUUCCCAUCCAGACGGGCAUGAAAGACCCCAAGAAGUUCCCCAAGGUCCUCGGGGGCGUCAUGAUCAUUAUCACCGUCAUCUUCCUCAGCGCCGGCGCCCUGUCGUACGCGGCUUUUGGAUCCAAGACAAAGACGGUGGUGCUUCUCAACAUGCCCCAAGACAACAAGUUUGUCAAUGGCGUUCAGUUCAUCUAUUCGCUCGCCAUAUUGCUCUCGACGCCCCUGCAGAUCUACCCUGCCAUUGAGAUUACCAGCCAGCAGCUGUUCAGCAGGACGGGCAAGUACAACCCGUAUGUCAAAUGGAAGAAGAACUUUUUCCGCUUCUUCAUUGUCUUGGUAUGUGCUUGCCUUGCCUGGGCUGGUGCAGGUGACCUUGACAAGUUCGUCAGUCUUGUGGGAAGCUUUGCCUGUAUUCCGCUGGUCUUCAUCUACCCUCCCAUGCUUCAUUACCGUGCUGUCGCGCGAACGAGUACUGCACGAGUACUUGAUGUCUUGUUGUGCAUUCUUGGUGCGGUCGGUAUGGUAUAUACCACAACGCUCACAGUCCAGAGCUGGAUCUACGGUGGUGCCCCCAAGGCGCCUGGUUACUGCGACAGCAAAUAG